GCAUAUUCUGGGCAGCCUCCUCGGCUUUCGUCAUUCAAGGACCCCAGGAUGUCCAUGCUUGCUGAGCCCCGGAGGAAACAGAAGUGGUCUGUUGACCCAAGGAACAGCGCCUGGAGUAAGGAUGACUCCAAAUUUGGCCAGAAGAUGCUGGAGCGAAUGGGCUGGUCCAAGGGCAAGGGACUUGGGAGGAGUGAGCAAGGCUCCACUGAACACAUCAAAGUGAAGCUGAAAAACAACAGCUAUGGACUUGGAGCCAAUACCAGCCAUGAGGAUAGCUGGAUUGCUCACCAAGAUGAUUUCAAUGACCUCCUUGCUCAGCUGAACAACUGCCAUGGUCAGAACAACACCAAUGAAAUUCCACCAGAUGAGCAGAAAGGCUUCAGCUUGGAAGAAAAAUCCAAGACUUCCAAAAAGAGGGUCCAUUACAUGAAGUUCACUAAAGGAAAGGACUUAUCCUCCCGCAGUGAAACUGAUCUUAACUGUAUCUUUGGGAAGAGAGCAAGACCUGCCAAAGAUGAAGAACAGGAGAGCAACAGCAGUGAUUCUCAGGGGGAGACGGAGCAGAGAGGGACUCCUGCUGCUUCUGCACAGGAUCCAGAGUCCGUCGUCAACACUGUGACCAGUACUCUCACGAUGCAGGAGUAUUUCAAGCAGCGAAUGGCUCAGUUGAAGAAGGCUCGCGGGGCCCAGAGUGCAGCCGAGGCAGAGGCGGACAACACAUCGGGUCCAUCUGAGGAACUCAACCCCAUCCACUGCAGCAAGGACGAUGCAGAAGAGCACAAAAAGAAGAAGAAGAAGAAGAAAAGGUCUGCGGAUGAGGUGGAAGAGUGUAGCGCUCCCGUUGUAGUAGAAAACGUGGAGGAGCAGGUGCAAGAGCCUUCAAAGAAAAAAAAGAAAAAGCGGAAAACGGCAGAAAACGAUGUGGACAUCAAUGAGAACUCUAGCUCCUCUUGUGGUGUGGAGCUGAACUGUGAGGAACCACCUCCCUCUAAGAAGAAAAAGCUCAAAAAACACAAGGAAGCCGAGCUAAUAAAUGGACACGAGCCGACUGAGAAUCAUCCUGCAGAGACAGAGGUUGUACAGAAAAAGAAGAAACACAGAGAAGAGGUGGACUGUGUAGUAAUAGAAGAGGAGGAGCCGGUGGAGAAGAAAUCCAAAAAGAAGAAGAAAAAGAAACAUCAAGAAUAGGAUGGAGUUCAGAACAAGGUUAUGUAAUUUAGGCUGCAAUUGACUUGGCACAUAAUAAUCUGAUCACUUUUUUAUAGUGAGGAGAAAAUAAGUUAUACAUUUGAUAACACCAGAAACCUUAAAAGGUGCCUAAUAAAGCCUCCGUCAUUCACUGUUGGCUGCUGGAGCGCACUGCUGUAGGACAGGACGGGAGGAGAAUAUAGACACUCACAUGUCUGUACGUUCAAUAGAUAAGAAAACAAACCGUAGCUGUCACUUUUACACUUUGUCUUUAUACACAGUAAACAAGCAGGACAUAAUGUGUGUCAGCUGAUUUGUAAAUAUAGAGCAGGGCUAGCUGUUAUGCUAAGUCAAGCUAGCUUCAUUUAAUCUAUUUGUUUACUCAUGACUGUAUCCACAGCAUGAGAAAUUGUAGUUAACUCUUUUAUAGGGAAUUAAAAAUAAUUAGAUGACACUCACGCUAGGUUUUAUGUCUCUAAUGCUUCAAAUGAAUCAAAGGUCCAGUUUCCUACUAUUCUCCUAUUAAAAAUGUCUUGAGGAUACUAUUCUGUUUGUAUGAUGCCAUCUUACGCAUUACUAUUUAAGUAAUAAGUAACAAACAAACUAUUUUUUCCAAUUCUUCAAAUGAUGGACGUCUCCUUCAUAUUGUGAGUUAAAGUAACUGAAGCAGUUUUAUCAAACAAAGUUUAAGUCAAGUCAUGAAAUAUGUGAUGAAAAUGAUGAUUUGAAUUCACACAAAUUUUGGUGCUUUACCUGAAUCUGACCUUUUUUUUUUUUCAAAUAAAUCUAAGUAAAGCAUG